CUCAAAACAAAAUUUCAAAAACCUAGUAAAUAUUUUAUAUAGAAUAUUAAUUUCCUAUUCCAAAUUCCUCAACAAAAAUCUAAACAAAUGGCUUUACGUUACAUAAAAUCUAAACCCUUUGAAGUUCAACCUUUUAUAAGAAGUGCCCAUUUCGAAAAUCAAACAAACUGUUCUUUACACGCCAUAGAUGAAUAUCCCGAAUGGUUUACCGAUAAACCGCCACGCUAUGACUUUAUAUUUUAUUGUUCGCUAAUCACGAUUUAUCUAUUUUUGGCCAUAGCCAUUGUCUGUGAUGAAUAUUGUGUGCCCUCGGUGGAGAGAAUAUGUUAUAAAUUUGGUUUAUCCUAUGAUGUGGCUGGGGCCACAGUCAUGGCUUUGACCACUUCUUCACCGGAGUUUUUUAUAAAUCUGUAUGCCACCUUUUUGACUGAAGGCGAUAUGGGUCUGGGUACUAUUGUGGGCUCUUCGGUUUUUAAUAUUUUAGCCAUUACCGCCUGCUGUUGUUUGUAUACAGGUGUGGAUUUUUCUAUAGAUUGGUGGCCUAUUAGUCGUGAUCUUUUGUGGUAUGGCGGCAGUGUUUCUCUUUUAACCAUUAUGCUUUGGGAUGGUUUUGUUUAUUGGUGGGAAGCCUCCAUUCUGGUCAUACUUUAUAUUUUUAAUGUAUCACAUCUGUUAUUGGAUCGUAAAUGCCAAGAAAAGAUUAGAAAUAAAGAACGUCCUUGCAAAUUAAAAUGUUUUGUACCUUUAGGAGAGGUCAAAGAUUUCGAUAGCAUGGAAGAUCCUGAUAACCACGAACAACCUUUCAACUUUUGCCGCUGGCCCCAAGAAUCUAUAUGGAAUAAAUUUAUUUGGUUACUCUCGUAUCCUUUAGAAUGUCUGUUCUUUCUAAGCAUACCUAAUGUUAGGAGAGCUUGCUCUCAAGGUAGCAGCUGUUUAAGUCUAUUAAUGUCUAUAUUAUGGAUUUCAUUUCUAACCUAUUUGUGUUCCUGGAGUAUAACCGUAAUAGGCUAUCAUUUAUUUAUACCAGAUUCUGUAAUGGGUCUAGUAAUACUGGCUGCCGGUACCAGUAUACCUGAGGCUAUAUCAAGUGUUAUAGUUACCAAGAAAGGCUACGGUUCCAUGGCCGUUUGCAAUGCAGUCGGCUCGAAUACCGUUGAUAUUCUUAUGUGUCUGGGUGGCCCCUGGCUGGUGAAGUCUUUAUAUUUCCCCACUUCACCUACUCGACCAGCAGUCUCUAUUAUAUCUGAUGGUUUAGCUUAUACCUCGGCUUGUCUGCUAAUAUCAGCGAUAUUAUUGUAUAUCUCGUUUAUGGCAACAAGUUUUCAACUGGGUCGUUCGGUGGGUGUUUUAAGUUUGAUUAUGUAUAUUACGUUCAUUAUGGUGGCAGUUGGCAUAGAAAUGUUAUUUUUCGAAUCAGAUCUACCGCAUUGUUUGCAUAUGGAGGGAAGAUAA